AAAAAUCUCAGCUGCUUCUCUCUGAGUUAAACUCAAAACACAAACUGAGUUAUGUGUUUUUUCUUUUUUCAGAGAGGGUGAGAGGGACAGAGAGAAGAGAGAAAUGAGAAGAGAAUAUCUGAGCGUAGUCUCUCUCUGUUUGUAGUUAGUAGUUAGUAUAGUAGUUGUAGUAGUAGCAGCAGCAGCUUCUUCAUUUUGCUAUUAUUGGUUAUUAUUAUCAUUAGAUUUUGAUUUUUAGUUAACAAUUUCCAUUUAUGGAAGUAUCAGAUUCUUAGAUCUCCCUGUUCUGCUCUCUGACCUGUUUUUUUUUUUUUCUCUUUUUCCUUCUCAAUUUCUGUAAUCAUCACUAUUUGAUUCAAAUAUGAUCACUCAUUAGUCAUAACCCAUCAACCAUUAGCCAUUUUUCCUUCACUUCCUUGGGAAAAGUUCAGUUUUUUUUUCUUCUCAUUUUUAAUAAUACCCAUUAGUUAUUUUUUGCAUCUCCAGAUCUGAUAUCUUAUUAUUGUACUUGCAAGAUCUAUACCUUAAGUUUUACAUCUUUAGAUCUGGGUUGUUUUCUGUAUCAAAAAUCUCUCCUUUAUUUUUAGUGGGUUCUUGUUUUUUGUUCCCAAUCUUUGUAAGAAUGAAUUAUUUCCCAGAUGAGGUGUUAGAGCACGUGUUUGAUUUUGUAACGUCUCACAGAGACAGGAAUUCAGUGUCUCAAGUAUGUAAAUCAUGGUACAGGAUUGAAAGCUGUAGCAGGCGAAAGGUUUUUAUUGGAAACUGUUACGCGAUCAGUCCAGAGAGAGUGAUUGAGAGAUUUCCUGAUCUAAAGUCCAUUACUUUGAAGGGAAAGCCUCAUUUUGCUGAUUUUAAUUUGGUACCACAUGAUUGGGGAGGCUAUGUUUACCCUUGGAUUGAAGCUUUUGCCCGGCAUCGGGUCGGGUUGGAGGAGCUUCGGUUGAAGAGGAUGGUGGUUUCUGAUGAGAGUUUAGAGCUGCUUUCAAGGUCUUUUCUGAAUUUUAAGUCUUUAGUUCUUGUCAGUUGUGAAGGGUUCACUACUGAUGGCCUUGCUUCUGUUGCUGCUAAUUGUAGGUAUAUUAGGGAGCUGGACCUGCAAGAAAAUGAAGUUGAGGAUCACAGAGGCCACUGGCUUAGUUGUUUCCCUGACAGCUCUACAUGUCUUACAUCACUUAAUUUUGCUUGCCUCAAAGGAGAUAUUAAUUUAGGAGUUCUUGAGAGGCUUGUAGCAAGAUCUCCAAAUCUCAGGAGCUUGAGGUUAAAUCGCGCAGUGCCCCUUGAUACGCUUCAAAAGAUAUUGAUGCAAGCGCCUCAACUGGUGGAUUUGGGUGUAGGAUCUUAUGUACAUGAUCCUGAUUCGGAGACCUAUAGUAAAUUAGUGGCUGCAGUUCAGAAGUGUAAAUCAGUCAGGAGUUUGUCAGGGUUUUUGGAUGUUGCUCCUCACUGCCUACCAGCCUUUCACCUCAUGUGCCCAAACCUGACUUCCUUGAACCUAAGUUAUGCACCAGGAAUUCAAGGUAGUGAGCUUACAAAGCUGAUUCGCCACUGCAGGAAACUUCAGCGCUUAUGGAUACUGGACUGUAUCGGAGAUAAAGGACUAGAAGUUGUGGCUUCCACUUGCAAGGAUUUGCAGGAGUUGAGGGUCUUCCCAUCCGAUCUCUAUGUUGGAAAUGCAGCAGUGACAGAGGAAGGCCUGGUUGCCAUUUCCAGCGGCUGCCCUAAGCUUGAUUCAAUCUUAUACUUUUGUCAGCAGAUGACCAAUGCAGCCCUUAUAACAGUAGCCAAAAACUGCCCCAAUUUCACCCGCUUCAGAUUGUGCAUCCUCGACCCCACAAAACCGGACGCUGUGACCAUGCAGCCAUUGGAUGAAGGUUUUGGGGCAAUUGUUCAUUCAUGCAGGGGUCUCAGGCGGUUAUCACUUUCUGGCCUUUUGACUGACCAAGUUUUCCUUUAUAUCGGGAUGUAUGCUGAGCAUCUUGAGAUGCUUUCAAUUGCAUUUGCUGGGAAUAGUGACAAGGGAAUGCAGUAUGUGUUAAAUGGUUGCAAGAAACUUCGGAAGCUAGAGAUCAGGGACAGCCCUUUUGGUAAUGCAGCACUUCUAAUGGACGUGGGGAAGUAUGAAACAAUGCGAUCCCUUUGGAUGUCGUCCUGUGAAGUUACUCUUGGAGGCUGCAAGACCCUUGCGAAGAAGAUGCCAUGGCUCAAUGUGGAGAUCAUGAAUGAAAAUGAGCAAGCAGAUUUUAGUGCUGAUGAUACACAGAAAGUGGACAAGAUGUACCUAUAUCGGACAUUGGUAGGGCACCGGAAUGAUGCACCGGACUUUGUGUGGACUUUAUAGGUGAAUCUGGGGAGCUAUCUUUCUCUUCUCUGCCAAGUAUUAUUUUCUUUGUUAUCAAGUAGUACUUUGUUUAGGCCAGCUGAUUUUGUGGACUUUGUUUUAGCCUGUUGGUGUUCUAGAGGUACGCUACUGUUGAAUUUAUCAGGGAUUUGCUAGUUGUAAUCUUUGUUAUUAUAAAUAGAACUGCAUUAGUAUUGGCAGACAUGGCCAGUUUCAGCAGAUAUUUCUAGAAGUAGCUGAAGAUGCUAAACAAGCAUUAGGUAAAGAUUUGCUACUUGCUUCUGCAGCUUCGCAAUUAACUCUGAAACAGUAUGUUUUCCCCUUGCGAGUAAAGGAUGUAUAGCUUUGAUGCUGCAUUGUUUUUUUUCUCAA